AGAGGGGGGGGGAGGGGCCUCUCUCUUUCUCCCUGAUAAAUUCUUUUUUCCUCUUUUACUCUCCUUCAAAUUCCCCAGUGGGAGGAUUUCAUUUAUUAGAUUCGCUGCUAUCGGCCCCCAGACACCUCUUUUCUCUUCUGCCCUUGGGCUGAGGCCUCCCCCCGCCUCUUCUCGGCAGAAUAAGGGACCUCCAAAGCUCGAAUCUUUGAAUGGAAUUUGAACUCUAAAAGGGGGAGGGGGAGAGAGAGAGAAGAAAGAGGCAGCCACAGAGAGAGAGAGAGAGAGAGAGAGGAGAGGAGGAGGAGAUCUCCGAUGGGUAUCACGGAGGGGGAUCGAAGGAUGGAGGGGUGGCUCUACCUCAUCCGGUCCAAUCGCCUCGGUCUGCAGUACUCCAGGAAGCGCUACUUCGUCCUCGAGGACAACGCCCUCAAUUGCUACAAGGCCGUGCCCGCAUCAAGAAGGGAGGAUCCUAUAAGAAGUGCAUUGAUCGAUUCCUGCAUACGUGUUACAGACAAUGGGAGAGCGAGCAUACAUAGAAGUGUUUUCUAUAUAUUUACGCUUUAUAGUUCUGCUAACCACAAUGAUCGACUUAAGUUGGGUGCUCGAAGCUCGGAAGAAGCAGCUAGUUGGAUCCGAUCCUUGAUGGAAGCAGCGUUAAAGGAGUGCCCAAACAAAGAAGAGAAUUUCGUGGCUUGUUCCAAAAGAAGACGCCAGUCUUUUAGGUUGAGUCGCACUAAGGCAAGAAGUCUCAUGCACUCCAUUGACUGGACUGUUUAUUCAUCUGUGCAUGCUGAUCCGAUGGCAUCUGAUGUUAUUGCACCUUCCCCAUGGACGAUAUUUGGCUGUAAAAAUGGUUUACGACUUUUUAAAGAGUCAAAUGAGGGUGAUUUUCAUGGGAAGCAAUGGGAUGAUCAUCCAGCAAUAAUGGCAGUAGGUGUGGUCGAUGCAACUUCUGAAGCCAUCUUCCGGACAGUAAUGUCCCUUGGUCCAUCAAGAUCAGAAUGGGAUUUCUCUUUGUUAGAAGGCAGAGUGGUUGAACACCUGGAUGGUCACACUGAUAUAAUCCAUAAGAAAUUGCGUGGUGAUUGGUUACCAUGGGGAAUGAAGAAACGAGAUUUAUUAUUACGGCGUUACUGGAGGAGGGAAGAUGAUGGAACAUAUGUAAUUCUUUACCAUUCUGUUUUUCAUCAAAACUGUCGACCUGAAAGAGGCUAUAUUCGUGCUUGCCUUAAAAGUGGAGGAUAUGUAAUAUCUCCUGUGAACCAAGGAAAACGAUCAGUUGUGAAGCACAUGCUUGCAAUUGAUUGGAAAUUCUGGAGGUCUUAUAUGUUUACAUCUUCAGCAAAGUAUGUUACAAUCCGGAUGCUAGGGAGAGUUGCAGGUUUGCGGGAGUUCUUCCGAGCAAAACUUGGUAAUUGCACAUGCUCUGAUUACUCAUCAGGUGAAUUGACAAGGGAGAUAGGAUUGCCAUAUGGUGAAAAAGAACACAUAAAGGUUGAAGUGCAGACAACAGGUGAAAAUAAUAAGAGUGUGGAUUCUGCAGAAGCGCCACAACAGUCUCCUUCCAGACAUGCAGACACAAAUGGGUCGUUUCUUCAGCUAAAUGAUGCAGCUGAUGAAUUUUUUGAUGUUAUUGAUGAGUCUGAUAAUGACCAAACAGAAUCUCUGUGGCCUUCUGAUGAAGGCAUGCACUCUCAGUUGUUACAGGAACAACGCCAGCCUAGGCUAUCAACAGCUGCAGUUUUUGUGAAGAAGUUGCAUGAUUUUGCAGUUCAAAAGAAAGGCUACAUUGAUUUACAAGAGGCCUCGAUGGGAGAUAUGGCACCUUGCAGCUAUGGAGCCACUCUUCCAAAAGACACAAGUUGUACCAUGCCUUGCAGUUGGGCAAUGGCAGACUCUACAUCAUUCUUAAUUCGUGGUGAAUCUUAUUUACGAGACCAUCAGAAGAUUAAAGCGAAUAGUACCUUGAUGCAAAUGGUAGCUGCUGAUUGGCUAAAUUCUGAUAAGCGUGAAGAUGAUCUUGGUGGCCGGCCUGGGGGCAUUGUACAGAAAUAUGCAGCACAAGGUGGCAGCGAGUUUUUCUUCAUAGUAAACAUACAAGUCCCAGGUUCAACUACAUACAGUCUCGCCUUAUAUUAUAUGAUGGAUACUCCUUUGGAAAAUGUUCCCCUCCUCGAAAGUUUUGUCAAAGGAGAUAAUGCAUAUAGGAAUUCGAGGUUUAAACUCAUCCCAUAUAUAUCAAAGGGAUCUUGGAUAGUGAAACAAAGUGUGGGCAAGAAAGCAUGUUUGGUGGGUCAAGCACUGGAAAUUCAUUAUUUUCGUGGGAGCAACUACUUGGAGCUUGGAAUCGACGUUGGCUCAUCAACAGUUGCUAGGGGAGUUGUGAGUCUUGUGCUUGGUUACUUGAACAAUCUAGUGAUAGAAUUGGCAUUUCUAAUACAGGGCAAUACACAAGAAGAGCUCCCAGAGUUCCUUCUUGGAACCUGCCGUUUGAACCAUCUUGAUGCCUCCAAAUCAGUUUCAAUUGACCCAUGAUUAAUUUUGACUUGCAAUUCUUUCAUCUGAUCAAACUUCCGACCAUGAGGCAAAGUUGUAUAUUUGUUAGCUUUUCUUGAGAGGUCCUAUAAAUCUGUAAAGAUAUCACUUUAUAAUUAAUUCUCAUCAUUCAUUUUAAUUUCCUUUA